AUGUCCGACGUCCCUCUUCCUGAACGCCUUCCCAAACCAGAGGAACCUAAAGCACCAACCCCUGCACCUCAGCAACCUCAGUUCCAGCAAGUACCUCCGAAUUACUACCAAUUUCCACCUCAAGGUUACUACCCACCACAAGGCUUCCCGAACUACCCUCCUCAGCUUAUGCCUUACUUCCCCAACCCUUGGUUGUUCCAGCAAUUCCAAUCUCAAUCCAAAUCGAAGAGAGACCAAGAGUUCGAAGAAGGUCUGAACCGCUUACGCAAAGAGUAUGCUACAGCUCCAAUUGAGAGAAAGUUGUUGCUGAAUUCAGCAAAAAUAAUGUUUAGGUGA